CCAACAUGUUUUCAGCGAUAUUCUCCAUCGUUUUUGCUAUGGUUUUAGUUUCUGUUGAAAGCAGUACGGUUCAAUCUGCUUUUGAAGUUGCCAUGAGGUGCACUAAAAAAGGAUGGGAAGCGGACGUGGAUGCUCUGGCAUCAGGCCCUGUCACCGAGGAAGAGAUCCUUGAAGAUGCUUGCAUUUACCUAAGGGUAAGUAUUACAGAGUAUUUAUAUAUCACCAGUCAGUAUACAUCAGCUUGUCUUGCGGUCUUUUCUUUCUUUCCUCAAAAGAAGAACAACAACAAAAAAUAAAAACCUUUGACAACGCGUGGAGGUAAUUGAGAAGCUAGAAGAGGGUCAGAGUGGAUUUGUAGCUUUGACGGCUGACGGUUAAUUUUCUGUCAGUUCAAUUUUGACGGUGGACGGCUAAACUUUAGGGCUUUUGACGGUUAUUUAGUGAAAAUUUAGUUCACGAGUUAAAGUAAAUAUUAAUUAUAACUUCUGUAUAAAUUAAUAUUUAAGUAUUGUGUUUUGGAGGUUGCUUUGAACCGUUCACAUAUAAAAUUUCCAAAUAUUUUAAGAUAUAGGAAAAUUGUAAGGUCUUGUAAUGUACAGAGACAAUUUUCUUUAUAUAACCUGGCCAGUGGAUUUUCAAGUGAAGAGAUUCGUCAGGAGCCAAAACUGCCCGUGAAGAUCAGCUGAAAUAGUGAGACUUGAAAUACCUUGAAACGUUUUGACGGUUAAUAUUACUCUCAAUUUUAGGCCGUUUGACGGCUGACUGUUAACCCCAUUGAAACCUUUCCCUAAAGCUCACAGCAGUAAAAGAACUCGCUUCUGGCCGUGUGUAACUGAACCUACUUUCUCGAUAGUAAACUAUACAUAUCGCGCCUUAAUUUUUAAGCAGUUUUAUUAGCUUAAAACUUAGUUACCACUGACACUGCUUAGCCCAGUCUGAGUACAUAAACUGGUUUUGCUCAGGAGAACUUUUUGAAAAGUUUACGUUUUCUGUCACGGAAAAACAUAAAUGUUUGGAAGAGAAAACAUAAAGUUUAUCAGUCUUCAAAUAAAAACAGAUAUCUUUUGACCAAGUUGCUUCCUGCGAACGGGGGGAGACUUCUGAGGCUACCACUCUGUAACUUCAAAACCGCUUAUGAUACGGCCACAAAAUUACACACGAUAAUGUAAGAAGUCUGGCAAAAUCAAGGAGUAGGCUAUAACACAAAUAAUCUUUCACAAUAGCAGUGAUGUCAUGAUGACGUCAGUUGUUAUCUAAGAAGGAUCUGGAAUCAUCAACCAUCUUGAAUCUGCCAUUUAGAAUUACUGAAUUAAAUGUAUUAAAUUCUACUUAAAACCCGUUCACAUCGUGCCAAAUGUGAUUGAAGAAUUGAUCAGUGUAUAAGAGAAUGCUUAGGAAUAAUAAAAAAGAAAAUCCACAAGUUAUGAAAUUCCGAGAAUAAUUAACACUGUAAAAUAUUGAACCAAGCAUCUGCCAUUUGGUCAUUUUUUAAAAUUCUUUUUUUUUUUCUCAAAUCAUUCAAUAAAAAGCCUAUAUUAAAUAUGAGAAAAUAUUGAUGAAAUAGGGUUAAUGCUAUAAUUUAAUAUGUGAAAAAUAGAUAUAAAUCUUUUUUUUUAUAGGAAAAAAGUAAAUCUUGAAAAACUUGGCUGUCAAGACUCGGCUUCCAUAGUGACGUUGUGAAUGUUGACAUAUACGUCAGGACGACUUUAAAAUGUUCCCAGAUAAUAGAUCGUUUUCACUGUCACGCAACAAAAAAUUAAGUUGGAAACCGUCCAGUGGAAGAAGCCAAGAAAAUGAAAUGUUGUAAAAGACUAAUAUAUAAACAAUUUGUCCACGUUUCAGGUCUUUGUGGCCCACAGUUUCUGAGUUAUUUGCCCAAACGUUUCACGCAUCUUUGAAGAGCUUUGUAUAGAGACGCCAUAUUAGUGCACCGUUUUGGUACACCAAUAUGGCCGCCGGAAAUCAACAAAAACAUCUGGAGUUCACUUUUUCUAUAAAAGUUAUUUCUUUUCACUCGAGAACUAGCAUACGUACGCGUAAACAUAUCUCUUAAUACUUAAAGAUUUUGAAGUUGCCAUGAGGUGCACUAAAAAAGGAUGGGAAGCGGACGUGGAUGCUCUGGCAUCAGGCCCUGUCACCGAGGAAGAGAUCCUUGAAGAUGCUUGCAUUUACCUAAGGGUAAGUAUUACAGAGUAUUUAUAUAUCACCAGUCAGUAUACAUCAGCUUGUCUUGCGGUCUUUUCUUUCUUUCCUCAAAAGAAGAACAACAACAAAAAAUAAAAACCUUUGACAACGCGUGGAGGUAAUUGAGAAGCUAGAAGAGGGUCAGAGUGGAUUUGUAGCUUUGACGGCUGACGGUUAAUUUUCUGUCAGUUCAAUUUUGACGGUGGACGGCUAAACUUUAGGGCUUUUGACGGUUAUUUAGUGAAAAUUUAGUUCACGAGUUAAAGUAAAUAUUAAUUAUAACUUCUGUAUAAAUUAAUAUUUAAGUAUUGUGUUUUGGAGGUUGCUUUGAACCGUUCACAUAUAAAAUUUCCAAAUAUUUUAAGAUAUAGGAAAAUUGUAAGGUCUUGUAAUGUACAGAGACAAUUUUCUUUAUAUAACCUGGCCAGUGGAUUUUCAAGUGAAGAGAUUCGUCAGGAGCCAAAACUGCCCGUGAAGAUCAGCUGAAAUAGUGAGACUUGAAAUACCUUGAAACGUUUUGACGGUUAAUAUUACUCUCAAUUUUAGGCCGUUUGACGGCUGACUGUUAACCCCAUUGAAACCUUUCCCUAAAGCUCACAGCAGUAAAAGAACUCGCUUCUGGCCGUGUGUAACUGAACCUACUUUCUCGAUAGUAAACUAUACAUAUCGCGCCUUAAUUUUUAAGCAGUUUUAUUAGCUUAAAACUUAGUUACCACUGACACUGCUUAGCCCAGUCUGAGUACAUAAACUGGUUUUGCUCAGGAGAACUUUUUGAAAAGUUUACGUUUUCUGUCACGGAAAAACAUAAAUGUUUGGAAGAGAAAACAUAAAGUUUAUCAGUCUUCAAAUAAAAACAGAUAUCUUUUGACCAAGUUGCUUCCUGCGAACGGGGGGAGACUUCUGAGGCUACCACUCUGUAACUUCAAAACCGCUUAUGAUACGGCCACAAAAUUACACACGAUAAUGUAAGAAGUCUGGCAAAAUCAAGGAGUAGGCUAUAACACAAAUAAUCUUUCACAAUAGCAGUGAUGUCAUGAUGACGUCAGUUGUUAUCUAAGAAGGAUCUGGAAUCAUCAACCAUCUUGAAUCUGCCAUUUAGAAUUACUGAAUUAAAUGUAUUAAAUUCUACUUAAAACCCGUUCACAUCGUGCCAAAUGUGAUUGAAGAAUUGAUCAGUGUAUAAGAGAAUGCUUAGGAAUAAUAAAAAAGAAAAUCCACAAGUUAUGAAAUUCCGAGAAUAAUUAACACUGUAAAAUAUUGAACCAAGCAUCUGCCAUUUGGUCAUUUUUUAAAAUUCUUUUUUUUUUUCUCAAAUCAUUCAAUAAAAAGCCUAUAUUAAAUAUGAGAAAAUAUUGAUGAAAUAGGGUUAAUGCUAUAAUUUAAUAUGUGAAAAAUAGAUAUAAAUCUUUUUUUUUAUAGGAAAAAAGUAAAUCUUGAAAAACUUGGCUGUCAAGACUCGGCUUCCAUAGUGACGUUGUGAAUGUUGACAUAUACGUCAGGACGACUUUAAAAUGUUCCCAGAUAAUAGAUCGUUUUCACUGUCACGCAACAAAAAAUUAAGUUGGAAACCGUCCAGUGGAAGAAGCCAAGAAAAUGAAAUGUUGUAAAAGACUAAUAUAUAAACAAUUUGUCCACGUUUCAGGUCUUUGUGGCCCACAGUUUCUGAGUUAUUUGCCCAAACGUUUCACGCAUCUUUGAAGAGCUUUGUAUAGAGACGCCAUAUUAGUGCACCGUUUUGGUACACCAAUAUGGCCGCCGGAAAUCAACAAAAACAUCUGGAGUUCACUUUUUCUAUAAAAGUUAUUUCUUUUCACUCGAGAACUAGCAUACGUACGCGUAAACAUAUCUCUUAAUACUUAAAGUGGUUAUACUGCUGAAAAUCAAGAGGAGAGACUUUUUUCAACGAGAAAGCAUUCCUAUUUUGGUGUCACGCACCGUGAAAACUCGGAAGUUCAAAUAGGCCAUUUGCACGAUGGCGUCAUUUUACUACUUCGACCAGAAUCCUUUUCGUUUUUCCUUUCAUAUUUAAAUUUUGUAACCCCAGUAAGGUUUGAAUAACAAAAGCCUUAAUUAGCACAAGGAAGCGAAACCCUGAAGGAUCCUGGUCGUAGUAGUAAAAUGAGGUCAUCGUGCAAAUGGCCUAUUGCUGUAUUUUCGAAAUGAAACAUGCUACGGAAAUUGAAACUGGGGAAGCGGGGAAGCGGGCUUCAAACCAUGAUAACAAUGAUAAAAAAAUACACCACGGAGUUAUUUGUUGCCACAAUAUCAAUGGUUUGAAAACGUUAUAAUGAUAAUGGAAGUUCUCGAUGGCAUUGAUAUCCUUUGAUUACUCUUCAUGAAGACUCAGUAAAUUUGAGCAAAUAUAUUAAGAAGCCACUAUGUUCGAUGAGCUCUUAACCUUUUCUAUACUUUAACGCUUGCUAAACUUCUUUAUUAUUAUUAUUAUUAUUAUUAUUAUUAUUAUUAUUAUUUUUGACAGGAGUUUGCUCGUUGCGUUGUGAAUACAGACCCCUCUAAAUACGCCUCACCCGAGCCCAAUAUCGUCCAUUUCUUGGCCGCUUGCGAAUGGCAGCAUCUGUACAUAGCAGAGAGGGCUGGAAUUUGUGCCAACAUGCCGACAGAAAAGCUAAAGAAGAUCGCAUUAGAUCACGGUAUGCUUCAAGGGGGAGGCAAAAGGCGGGUGGGUGUGUGUGGCUGGAAUCUCUCUUGAGUUUUUGACAUGUUAUGUGAGGCCUUUAAUUUAUUAUUGUGGAUUAAGGCGCUGCUGGGGUGGAGGGGGGCGAGGAUUUUGGGCUAAACUAGGUGAAAUUUAGCCGAUCCCCCCUUUGAAUGUUUCUUCAGUGAAGUGAUCGCCCCUAAUAACUUUUGAUGACUUUCGCGAUCCCCUGCUUCAUAUGCCUUCAUUUUCCAAGCAAAUUUGAGUGGUUCCCCCCUCCGAAUCCUUCCAAAUUUUUCAGCGAUCCCCCCUCUUGGGUUCUCAGUUACGACUGAUUCCCCCUUUUGUUCUCCCAAGAAUCAAGUGCCCCCCCCCUUCCUCCCCCACCCCUCCCGCAGGCGAUAAAUAAUGACCGGUCCCUAAUAUACUUUUAUUUGCCAAUAGUUUAUGGCUAGUUAGUAUAGAAACUAAGCACAUAUUUAUGCUUUAGGUCUAAAAUAGGUUGUCAUUAACAUUUUACUCUUCUAACCUGUUAUUGCCCUACACCGUUUUUAGACAAAAAUGCAAACUUGCAUUUCUGUUGGCCCCAUUGUCAUCUUUUUCAAUGUCAUAUAUCGUAACCACCCCUGACUACCUUCUCUUUUAGCGUUGGGAGGGGUUUAAACCAAGGAUCUAUUUUGAUGUCAAAUAAUUUCUCUUUUUGAAGGUGUAAUGGAGAAAGAAAAUUUGAAGAAUGUUGGUAAGAAGUUUCAUUUUUACAUAGGACAGUGAAUCUUGAUAGGAUGUAGCACAUAUCUAAACAUUAGGCAUCAAGGGAAUGAUUCAGAUUCUGACUCGCUUCAACCAGCCGAACCAGCCGAACUGCUUAUUAGUGGACGCUUACGGGAGGUGGUCGCUAACGAGACUCGAACCAGAGGUAGUCUUUUCUGAGAAAAGGUCCCGACACAUCUAUUUCGUGUCAGAGAAAUCAUUGCAUGCGAUUUCUAAGUUCCGUAAACGAGUUAGUUUUGUGUUAGUUUUUUCGUGUACUCUGAUGCAGCGACCAGAGGUUCGACCGUAGUCAUGCAAUGCUUUCUCUUCGUAUACCGCGAAUAUCCCACUAUUGAUUUGAAUGUUUUAUAGAUAAAACUGUGAACACUGAGAAAAAUCAAGUUACUCCUGGGAUAUAUUUCACGGUAUGCCACUCGAAAUUAUUGCACAACUACAAUCCUGGACAAAAGCCCUUGGGACGGUAAUGCAGUAUUCGUAAAUUUUUGUAAAUUCAGGGUACCCUCGUAAAGAAGUGCAACCUUUCUGAAAAUAUAUUGCAGUUCUCUUUCCCCUCCAUUAUUAUUAUCCAUUAUUGUAGCAAGUGCUUGCCCUUCAAUGUGUAUAUAUGUAUAUAUAUUUUAUUUGAUUCCAGAGAAGGACGAAUGGCAUGAUUGCGUUGGACUUACGAUGCGCAAAUGCAUGUUGCUAUCUGAAAACCUGAUGAAGGAAGGUAAAUCGAUGGAUUUCGUGUCCGCAACGACCGAGUACAUCAACUGUUUUAAAAAGGCAGACAAGUAUAAGUGUCCGGCAAAAAUGCUUGAUCACUAUAUUCACACUAUGGAUGUUUAUUAUCAAUACCUGGAGGAAGACAAAAGAUGA